GAGAGAGAGAGACUUGAAAGUGUGUCUUUUGGAGAGUCCUCUGUCUGCAAUAACUUGCAUGAUGGAAGAAACAUUGUGUGUUGCGCUGGGAGAAAAUGUGAAAGAGAACAGAUCAAUCCUGUUAUGGGCAUUACAGAACUCUGGAGGCAAAAAGAUUUGCAUCAUUCACGUUCAUCAACCUGCCCAGAUGAUCCCCUUCAUGGGUACAAGAUGGCCUGCAAGCUCACUGCAGGAAAAUGAAGUGAUGGCAUACCGGGAAAUUCAGAGGCUAAAUAUGAAUAAGAUCCUUAUUGAAUACCUUUUUAUCUGCCGCCAAAUGGGGGCACGGGCAGAUACACUGCAUACUGAAAUGGACUGUAUUGGGAUGGGAAUUGUGGAACUCAUCUCCCAGCAUGGGAUUAAGGAGCUUGUUAUGGGAGCAGCAGCAGACAAGCACUAUGCAAAGAAACUGGCGGACCUUAAGUCUAAGAAAGCCAUCUAUGUGUGCCUACAAGCACCUAUUUUCUGUCAAAUCAAAUUCAUCUGCAAAGGGCACCUUAUCAACACCAGGGAAGGUAUCUUAAAUGGGGCGGAUGCAGAGGUCAGAUCCUCUUUGCUGCAAGCAAGUGAAGACACUAAAACAGGACUCUCAACCAACUUGAGAUUAUCAUCUGUGGAGGAAAAUAAUGGAGUAAUUCCCAUCAAUCCAGAUCAAGAUUCACUCUGCAGUGAAAGUUUUGGAGGAAACAGAACAGAUAUUUCCUCCCUCAAUUGUACUGAAGAGCUCUCAACUCCAUGGAGCAGGUUGGAUGUAGGAGGGAGUUCAGAAGAAUGGGGUAGAUUUUCAAGGAGGUAUUCUCCAAGUUCAGGUUAUUUAAUAUGCCCAUCACCUCAAGUGGUUGAUGUAGAAAUGAUUCCAUCUGUGAGGAUUGAGGUGGUUGAGAAUGGAUUAGAGAAUCUUCAUCAUUCAUCCCCUCUCAGUGUAUUGGACAAGAAAAUAGAUGAUACUCCUUAUGCUCAACUUGAAAAAGCUAUGGCAGAGGCUGAAAAUGCGAGGCGUGAAGCAUUUCAAGAGUCAGCCAGGCGUGGAAAAGCUAAAAAAGUUGCCAUUGAGGCUAUGCGAAGGGCAAAGGUGUCAAAAAGCUUAUGUGCCAAGGAGUCAAAACAAAGGAAAGAAAUUGAGCGAACACUAGCAAAAGAGAAAGAAAAACUUGAAAAGAUGAAGAAACAGCAAGAUGAAAUCACGGAAGAACUCAGGAUUGCGCUGGAUAAAAAAUCAUUACUAGAGAACCAAAUUGCAGAAACUGAUCAAAUGGUACAAGGUUUGGAGCUGGGGAUUACCUCUGCUUUGGAACUAAUGGAAAAGUACAAAAAAGAAUCUGAUGAAUUGAAGAUAGAGCGUGGUAAUGCACUAAAAGAAGUUCAAGCGCUGAGAAGCAAACAAGGAGAGGUCUUAAGCAUCUUCUCUGAUUUCUCAUAUUCAGAGAUUAAGGAAGCGACUCAAAACUUUGAUCCAUCACUGAAAAUUGGCGAAGGAAGACAUAGGAGCAUUUACAAAGGUCUCCUGCGUCAUACCCAGGUGGCUAUAAAGGUGCUACAUCAUUAUAGCAUGGAAGAACCCUUAGGAUUUCAACAUGAGAUUGAUAUAUUCAGUACGUUGAGGCAUCCCAAUCUUAUCACACUAAUUGGAUCCUGCCAAGAAGCUUGUGCUCUCAUCUAUGAGUAUCUUCCCAAGGGAAGCCUUGAAGAUCGACUUAGAUGCAAGAAUGGUACUCCCCCACUAUCAUGGCAAACUCGAAUAAGAAUAGCCACAGAGUUGUGCUCUGUCCUCAUCUUUCUUCAUUCCUCCAAACCUACUGGCAUAGUACACGGUGAUUUGACGCCGGCCAAUAUCCUCCUUGAUGACAACUUCUGUAGCAAACUUAGUGACUUUGGAAUCUGUCAUCUACUACCUCAUGAUCAAAGUUCAAAGAAAACAACACUAGGGACUUUUGCGUACAUGGAUCCUGAGUUCCUUUCAACAGCAGAGCUUACUUUAAAGUCAGAUGUUUAUUCAUUUGGGAUCAUAUUAUUGCAGUUGUUGACUGGAAGGCCAGCCUUAAGAAUAACAAACGACAUGCAACAUGCAAUAGAUGCCGGUAAGCUGAAAGAGCUCCUGGAUGCUUUGGCUGGAGAUUGGCCAUUUGAGCAGGCUGAACAGUUGGCUUACUUGGCAUUGAGGUGUUGUGCUCUGACGCAAAAGAGCCGGCCAGACCUCCAGUCUGAGGUCUGGACUCUACUUGAACCAAUGAGGGCUUCAUGUGGAGGCUCAUCCUCAAUCCGGUUGGGAUAUGAAGAGCCUCCUGAACCUCCUCGGUAUCUUAUUUGUCCCAUCUCCCAUGAAGUCAUGAGACAUCCAUAUGUGGCAGCAGAUGGUUAUACUUAUGAAGGAGAGGCUUUUAGAAAAUGGCUGGAAAGUGGUCAUGAUACUUCACCCAUCACAAAUCUUAAGCUUGAACACUGCAAUCUUGUUCCCAACCAUGCUCUGCGUUCUGCCGUUCAGGAGUGUUGGAACAAGCAUUGAACGUUGACUCACACACAUGAAUAAUUUGCUUCAGCAAGGAAGCAAGAAAGAUUGGCAUUGUAAUUUAUAAAUAAUAAAUCAACAGAACAAAAGCUUAUGUAUCACAUAUUCUUCUCUCGUUUUUUUUUGUCAAAUAUAUGUAUAGCAGCAUAUCCAUUAACUGA